ACGCCAUCAUGGUGGCAGCUGCGUUGUCGGCGGUGCAUGCCGACGCUACCACGGACGUUGGCAAUACACGCAGGGAAAACGAAGACGAGUUUUGCGUUGUACUCGACCUGCCGCUACGUACCCCCCACGACAAUGCCUGCCGUCGGUCGCUCUUCGCGGUCUUUGACGGCCACGGUGGCGUCCGCGCCGCGACCUUCCUCAAGACACACCUUGUUUCGUACUUGGUGCAAGACCCGCAGUACGGUCAGAGCACGUCGGACGCACUCGCCUCGACACUGCGGCGUCUCGACGCGGCGUUUCUCGAGCUUGCGCGGCGUCACGGCGGUGCGAUCGAUGGCUCGACCGCGAUUGUGGUCGUGCUCGAGCAGUAUCACGGGAAUGCUUCGCCGACGCUCAUUUGCGCCAACCUCGGCGACUCGCGCGCCGUCUUGAUAAGUCGACAUCAUUGGGAGCUGCUCUCGCGCGACCAAACUGCGUCGCGCGUCGACCAGCAGCCGCUUGUCUACGACAACGGCGGGUUUGUGGCCUUUCGAAAUACAUAUCGCCCGCCAACAUCGGAGCUGCCCCUCUGGCGUCGGUGGUGCCGAGAGAUCUACGACGCGUGGCAAGCUCGAAUCGUGGGGCGACCGCUGCGCGUGUACCCUGGAGGCGUGGUGUGCACGCAAGUGAUUGGAGACCUCGACUGCAAGCAAGUUGGCGUCGUCCGCGCGAUCGCCGAGUGCACGGUCGUCGAGCUCCACCCUGCCCACACGAUGGUGGUGCUGGCCUCGGAUGGGCUGUGGGCCGUGGUGGCCAAUAAGCUCGUGCACGCACAUGUUCGAGACCUGACAUCGGCGACCACGGCCAGCCACGAGCUCGUCCAGCUCGCCAAAGCACAUCGGCGAAGCACCGACAACAUCACGGUCGUCGUCGCGACCUUGACAUGGCAGAGUGCUGUGCCGUAAAACCACAGUCCAAUGUCCCUCUUAUGGUGUUAAAAACGGCA